AUGAUUGAAAUUACGAAAAUUGAUAUUUUAAAUGAAGUGAACAGUGUGGCAAAACUCGACUCAAAAUAUGUGGUAAAGUAUUACCACUCGUGGAUUGAAUCCCAUUAUGUUUACAUUCAAAUGGAGUUUUGUUCGCAAAAUCUUGAAUCUGUUCUCAAAGACAAACCCAUUGUCUUCGGGAGACAACCGGAUAAAACGAUGAAUAUUAUUGAAUAUUUCGUUUCCUGUGAAAUGUUUUAUGAUCUUUUGCAAGGCAUUCAAUACCUUCACAAUCAAAAUCCGCCAGUAAUUCACCGCGAUAUAAAACCCAAGAAUAUACUCAUUAUGAUAAAUGACUGCAACAAAAUGUUUAUAAAAUUAUGUGAUUUCGGUUUGGCAACUGAACAUGAACAAUUUAAAAGUCAUACGCGCGGUGUUGGGACAGCCGGUUAUAAAGCACCGGAAACAGUGCUUAGUAAAUAUGGUAUAAAAGCUGAUAUUUAUAGUUUGGGAGUGGUUGGAAUGGAAAUUUCAAUUAAUUGGGUUUCCCACGAAGAAUACAAAGAUGCAACAUUUGUGGAAAGGUAUAAAAAGUUGGAACAAAUAGUAUACUCAAUGAUAAACCCCAAGGAGAAUAAACGGCCCACAAGUUCUCAAAUACUAGAAGAACAUCGUCACUGGUCUCUCGAUAAGUCAAUGAUCACUAAUGAAUUGCAUUUCGAUAAAGUGUUGAAUACACUUAAUUCUUCUAAUAACCCAUUUUUCUAUCAAUAUUUAUUGUUCAAAACAUCAGUGAUAGAGAUAGAUGAGGUGUCGGUUAAUUGGAGUAACAGAAGGGGCGACCGACCGAUCAUAUAA